AUGGCCCAGUCCAUGACUCCGAUGGAAGACGCAUUGCGGGCCAAGGGAAGUCGCGACCUCGGACUGGCAUCGGCUACUCCGGCUUCCCCAGACCAUAUUGGAGAAGCCCUAAAGCCGGGCACUUUUGAAAUCUACAACGACUCUCACAAACACUCGCACCACAAAGCAAUGCAGGGCGUGACAAGCAGAGAGACGCACUUCCGUCUGAUCAUCACAUCUUCAGCCUUCCAGGGCAAGCCUCAACUAGCACGUCACCGCAUGGUCAACUCCCUGAUGAAGGAUGAGAUCGCACAAGAAGGUGGAAUUCAUGCACUCCAGCUCACUACUCGAACGCCGGAAGAGGAGGAAGCGCGAAAGCAGAAGGGAGUCGCAGCAUGA